GCCGGGUUUUUUUUGACACCACCCAUGUGUGGACAGUUGAGAAAGCUGUGGCUGAAGAUGUUUGAAUGGUCAACUUUACAGUGGAUUUCCGAGUGAUUAGCCCUUAUGGUGUGGUGAAAUUCAAAAUGGCGUCGAAAGUAAUCUACUCGCUUAGAGACUCCACCCCUAAGAAAAGAGAUGAUUUCGAGGACAUUCUCGAGGAGCGAAGGAACUCCAGUGAUCUGAGAUACGCUCUCAAGUGCUACACACCUGCUGUGUAUAGGAACCUGGUGCCAUGUAAAUCCAGCAUGCUGAAAAACCUGGUCCUGCAGUCUGAGCCCUUGAGAUACGUCAUCGAGCAGGUGUCAGCGGAGAGCGGCGAGUCUCGCGAGGUUGUACAGGAGGAAGCGUCUCAGGUGCUGGAGGAAAUGGCUCACCGCUUGCAGCUCAGCACCGUCCGCUUCUUCGCCUUCACGCUCAGUAAAGCCUUCAAAGCGCUGUACCGGAGCGUCCGGGUCAAUGAGGAGGGCAUCCAGAGACUUCAACAGGCCAUUCAGGAGCAUCCAGUGGUUCUUCUGCCCAGUCACCGCAGCUACAUAGACUUCCUGAUGAUGUCGUACCUCCUGUUCACCUACGAUCUGGCUCUGCCCGUCAUCGCUGCAGGAAUGGAUUUUAUCAGCAUGAAGUUUGUUGGAGAGAUGUUGCGAAUGUCUGGAGCGUUUUUUAUCCGGCGCUCGUUUGGAGGAGAUCGACUCUACUGGGCUGUUUUCUCCGAAUAUGUGAAGACCAUACUGAGGAACGGUUACGCCCCAAUCGAGUUCUUCCUCGAAGGUACCAGGAGCCGAACGGCAAAAUCGCUCACACCAAAGACAGGGCUGCUGAAUAUCGUCAUGGAGCCGUUUUUUAAAGGAGAAGUCUUCGACGUCAACUUGGUUCCUGUGAGUAUAAGCUAUGAGAGAAUUCUAGAAGAGUCUCUGUAUGCACGGGAGCUGCUCGGAGUACCCAAACCCAAAGAAUCUACAUCUGGUCUGUUAAAGGCCAGACGGAUCCUCAGUGAGGAUUUCGGGACAAUGCACGUGUACUUCGGAGCUCCGGUGUCCGUACGUAGCCUGGCACAGAGCCACAUCAACCGCUCCCAGUACAACCUGGUGCCCAGACACAUUCCUCAGAGGCCGGCGGCAGACACUCAGGCGUUUGUGAAUGACGUAGCGUUUCACCUGGUGCGGCUGCAGGAGGAGAACAUGGUACUGAAGCCCUGGGCGCUGAUCUCCACACUGCUCCUGAAGAACCCUGACGGCGUGGAGCUCUCCACUCUCACCCAGCAAGUAGACUGGCUCCGGCGCCUGGCACUCAGCUUCGGGGCGUUUCUGGACUGGCCAGAUGGUGAGCCGUGCAGUAAGGUUAUCAGCUCCAGUCUGACCACACACAGAAACUUGGCAGGCGUGUCUGGGGGGCGUGUUCGCCUGGUCUUUCCUGAGGCGUCAGGGGCGGGGCUGAGUGCUGAAGAGGCGGAGUUUAACCGAGCGGUCACUGUGCUGUCUUGCGGAUCCUACAGGAAUCAGAUGCUGCAUGUGUUCGUGAGGCCGGCCCUCCUGGCAGUGGCCAUGCACAGCGCUAACUCCAGCCGCAGAGACGAGAUCUAUAACUGCUUUGACUUUCUAAGGAACAUUUUCUCUAAUGAGUUCAUCCUCUGUCCUGGAGCUUCAGUGCAGGACUUUGAGGAGGCAUGUUACUUGCUGGUGAAGUGCGGCGCAGUUCAGGAGUCGCAGCAGGAAGUUGUGAUGUCAUCGAGCGGACAGGCGACUCUAUCCUUCCUGUGCUCGCUGAUGGAGCCGUUCUUGCAGGGGUACCAGGUGGUGUGUCGGUAUCUGUGUGAGGACACACAGGAAGAUCUGCCCGAGAAGAACUUUGUUCCUGCCGUGAGAAAUUUUGCUCUCCGGCUCAUCCUGGCAGGAAGCCUAAAGUGUUACGAAGCUCUAUCGUCCGAUUUGCAGAAAAACGCCCUGGCUGCGCUGAUCCGGCUGAAAGCUGUGAAGAAGGUCAAAACCGGCGAUCAGGUGACCCUGAAGAUCAACAAGAUGGCCGUGAACUCAUUAGAGGACAUGCUGGGGGGUAAAAUUCCCACCCAGAAGCCUGUCCUCGCUCGGCUGUAAACACACACACACAUACACAUAUACACACAUACACACACACACAUAUACACACACACACAUACACACACACACACACACAUAAAUACACACUCCUCUCAAUGUGUGCCUCCUCUACUGCCUACAUUUGCAUAAUGUUCUGCGUCACGGCUUUGCCAACUACAAGGACUGUUUGUCAUCGAGCUUUAAGGAGCCGUAACCAUCUGGGACACUCUCUGUAUACACACACACACACACACAAACACACACGGUCUCAGUGUUAAUAUCCUGCUGUGUGAUCAACGCUUCACUUUUUAACGGCUCUGAACUUUCAUUAUCAGCUGUUACUAUUUUUGGUCUCACCAAAUGUUUUUUUUUUUAAAUAUUUUUUUAUUUUUAUUUUUUUAUUUAUUUAUUUAUUUUUUUAAAAAAAAAUAUUUGCACUGUUUAAGAUCUGGGUUUUUUUGCACAUCG